AUGGCUGUCACGAGACUACACAAAGAGCUUGUUGAUCUGGCUAGGGAAUACGCGCCUACUUACCAUGCGACGCCAGUCGAGGAUGACAUGUUCCACUGGGAUACGGCGAUCCGAGGACCGGCCGAUACUCCAUAUGAAGGGGGUUUAUUCCAUCUUGACCUCCUGUUUCCAACAAACUACCCUUUCAAGCCACCAAAAGUGAGAUUUAGGACCCAGAUCUACCACCCCAACAUCAGGAACGGUGGGGGAUUCUGCACCCAGCAUUUCUGCAUACUAGCAGAUGAAUGGAGUCCGCUCACACGAUGUUUGACAGUGCUUCAAUCAUUCAUUGAACUAUUACAGACACCGGACGGUUGCAAUCCUGAGGUCAAUCCCAUUUUCAGAACCGACCGGGCCCGCUUCGAGGCCACAGCACGAGAAUGGACCAGGGGGUUUGCAAUGGACCAGUGA